GGAACGGCCGGGCGAUGGCGCAGCGCGCGGGAGGGCGGGCUCUGUGCCUGCUGCGGGGCCGCCUGCUGCCCCCCGGCCCGGCGGCCGCCCGCCUCGGCUCCUCGGGGCCCGCGCUGCAGCGGGCGGGCGGCGCCGAGGAGGCAGAUGCUGAAGUCAGUAGCAGGAAGAAGACAUUCACUGAGGUUCAGACAGAACGAUUGGAACAGGCAGAUCGGAGUGUGUUAAUUAAGUGCCCAUCAAAACUUAAUGAAAAAAAAUUACUGCAGUAUUUAUCCAGUCAUGGAAACAUUGACAAUUACUUCUUUUUUGAAAAUCGUGGUAUUCAUGCUUUAAUAGAAUUUUCAGAGAAGAGCAGUGUAGCCUCACUACAGGCUGUUACUGGAAUUCCAAGGGCUGCUGAGCAUCAUGUUGUCCCAUAUAAAUCCAGACUUUUUACUUUCACGCUGAAAAACCCCGGUAGUCAAGCUGCUGAAGAAAGGCCAGUCAACCUCUCUCCUCAGUCUCACAUUCCAGUGAAUGAGCUUAUUCCAAAGCUUUGUCGUGCAGACAGUGUAAGCAGUCAAAUGUACACUCUGCUGGAUGAGUAUCAACUUACAGAAGAAAACAUCAAGCUCCGAUACCUGGCCUGUUCUCUGGUUCGGGAUUUUGCACGCGCGUAUUUUCCAGACAGCACUGUAAAGCCAUUUGGCUCUUCAGUGAACACCUUUGGCAAAUUGGGGUGUGAUGUGGACAUGUUUCUGGACUUCCGUGAUAUACAGAAGCAUCCUACAAAAAUGAAAAAAGGUCCCUUUGAAAUGGAGUAUCAGAUGAAAAGAUUGCCAUCGGAAAGGUUAGCAACUCAGAAGAUUCUUUCUAUAAUUGGUGACUGUCUUGACAAUUUUGGUCCUGGGUAUUCAAAUGUACAGAAGAUACUCAACGCUCGCUGCCCCCUGGUGAAAUUCUCCCAUCAACCAACAGGAUUCCAGUGCGACCUGUCAGUGAGCAACAGCAUUGCUAUAAGGUGUUCAGAACUCCUGUAUAUUUACGGCUGUUUAGAUCCCCGUGUGAGAGCUCUGGUGUUCAGUUUACGAUGCUGGGCCCGUGUUCAUGGCCUUACAAACAGUGUGCCCGGUACCUGGAUUACAAACUUCUCUUUAACCAUGAUGAUCAUGUUUUUUCUGCAAAAGAGAUCGCCACCUAUCAUUCCAACACUAGACCAACUUAAAGAGCUGGCAGAUGAAAAAGACAAACAUGUAAUUGGAGGGUAUGAUUGCUCAUUUGUGAGCGACUUCAGCAAGGUUAAGCCCACAAAAAACACGGAAACGCUUGAUGAGUUGCUGUGUGACUUUUUUCAAUACUUUGGAAACUUCGACUUCAGAAAGAAUUCCAUAAAUCUUCGAAAGGGAAAGGAAGUAAAUAAACCUGAGUCGUCUCCUCUUUAUAUCUGGAAUCCUUUUGAACAAGACCUUAAUAUCAGCAAGAAUGUUAAUCAGCCACAGCUGGAGAAAUUUGUUGCUGUGGCCAGAGAAAGUGCCUGGAUUUUACAGAAGGAAGAUAAAACUCAGCAGAUGAUCAAUAAGGAACCCUGGGGACUGGCAGCUGUACUGAUACCAUUUGGAAAAAGCAAUCCAAACACCAUGAAGAGUAGGACAAAGGGAAUGGGAAGUGAAACAAUCAAAAGCCUCUUGGACUCUUUAAAGUUAAGUGAUGCAAACAACGUACAGAAAGCAGUGGGAAAGUGACUUUCAGCACAGAAAACACAGUAACUGCUGUUCUGUUUUAGGAAUUGAAUGUGGCACAGUUUGAAGAAUAUUGCUUUUAAUAUUUCUUUUGUGGUGAAAUGGAGAGUUGGGUGACCUCUGAUUGUCAUCGUGAUGUUUUUUUUACAGGUCUACUUUCUGUACAUCAUCUCCUCCUUUACUCUUCACUUUUCCUUGUGUUUUGUGAAUGAAGAGCAUUAAAAUGCAAAUUUUACAGGUACAUUUUGGAAGUAGACUUUGGUCACUCUUCAAAAAAGAAAAAAAAACGAACGAAAAGAGGAGCAUGGGAAAAAGCCACUGGGAACUGUUUCAGUUCUUUUUGGUUAAGUAAAAGCUCAAGAAGUAACCCCCUUUCAGUGAAAGUACAUCUUAAGAUGAAUUUUGAACCACUGCUUCUGCUGCAGUCACAUGCAGGAAACCAGUAAAAGUAAAGUGCAUGUGUCUAUUUUUGUAAUUAUUUUCAAUUCAUGGGGCUAGAGCUAAGACAAAAAUAAAGAGGAUGGAAUUAGAUAACAGGGUUUACAGUUUCGUAGGUUAUUGCUCUCCAAGGAUAGAGCACCUGUUUUGUGUUGGAAAAGUGGGUGUGCUUGUGUUUACCACCUGUUCUCAAACUUCUUCAACCAAAUCUUUAUUAUUUUUAUGCAGAUAGUGCUUGUUCCGACUCAUCAGCUCAUGUUUCUGAUUUUGCCUUCAAUUUAAGCUUGUACUUCAUGUUCCAGUAGGGGACUUCUUUUGGUGCCCUUCUGGCCUUAUCAACUCUCCUGAAAGUUGCUGCCUACUGGACAGCACCAAAACCUUCCUCUUGCUAUCUCUGCUUCUCUUUUUGUCCUUUUGGGGAUUUCACAGGAAAUCCUGUAACAUACUUGAGCCCACAGUCCUGUCUUACUUUUCAGAUAUUCAGUGGAGUGCUGACUGUCCAUGUUUCAGAUCAGCUAGGCCAGCAAGAGUCAACUUUUCUCACUGCCUUGAAGAAAGCAUUGAGUUCUUUGUGCUUAUACCAUAAGAGAGUGUUUUUAGGGGAGUAUAGAGGGGGCUGGAAGGAAUGAAGACAGAAAGAGAAAUGGAAAGAGAGCACACAAAGUACAGAUUUUCAGGUAGAUUUGUGAUUAUUCUGCCUGUCCAGUUUGUGCCACCGAUGCAUUAAAACUAAAUGGCAAGCAUGAUAAGAACAAUUACACAGAUUGUUAUUUUGACUCUUAAAGAAGUACUGUACAAGAAUUACUGUAAAUGAGAGAUUGUCCUACGGAUGCAAUAUUCAUGUUUAUGAUAACUUUCAUUUUCAGUAUUUCUAGAUUCUUUAAUGCUGUUCUGGUAUAUGCUUUGUUGUGGGCUUUUCUUUUUGUUUGUCAGAACUGGUGUUAUCGUGUCUCUUUUCCCUGAGAUAUAUUUAUUAGAGAUCAUAAAGGAAGUAAUGUGUAAUUCCAGAGUAUCUGUAAAAACACUGCUCGAUAAGGAGUUCAGCAGUUAACAGUCUAAACAGACUUUGAGGGACAGAUCAAUGCUACAUUAAUUUAUUUGAGUUUUAAAAUAAUAUUCAUAUGUGUCCAUUUCACACUGCUAGAUGUUCUAUCAAAGAAUGACUUACAGAUUUAUUAUCUUAGUCACAGGAAUUAAUUCUUCUAUUAACUUUCCUGAGCCUUGAAAUUCAAACUUAGCUUUCUACUUAAAAUCUCUGUGCUAGUGUAUAAGCUAUGACCUUUUUUGGAGGCUGGAUGAAGUUUACUGUAACUUAUUAUUGGUGCUAAUACAAAUAUUUUCAUAGCAAGCUUACGGAUGCGGUAAGCAGUCUGUUGCUAACUUAAACUUUAUAGAACCAAGAUAUGUUUUCUUCUGUUUCCUAAGGAGUAGACUUGAAAGCUUUUUGAAGCAUUUGAAGAUUAGGUGACACUUCAGUACUUGUGAGUUGUCUCUUUCCCUGUUGAAUAGAACAGGUAACAGAUCCCCACAUAGAGACAGUGUGGUAGAGAGUCUCUGGCAAGGAUUAAGGGGAAGGAUAGCAAACAGAUUUGGUUGUUGGUUUCUGCUAUCAGUCAUCCAUCCAUAGCGACAGAGGUGAGGUGUUGUGUUCCACAAGCAAUUAAGAUAAAUCUCUGGAUUGGUAACUCAUCCUUUUGGGAGACUUAAACUUCCCAGAUAUAAACUGGGAAUAUAUGAGUACUGCGACAGGUAAGUCUGUGAAAUUCCUAAAGGACGCUGAAGAUAACUUCUUGUCACAAGUGCUUAGCCAGCUAGGAAAGCUGCCCUUCUAGAACUGUCUUGAGCAUAAGGAAAGUCUUGUGGGAGGUGUGAUGGUAGGUGGCUGUCUGAGCCGCAGCGAUCAUUAAAUAGCUGAGUUCAAAAGAGGUCAGCAGAGUUACCACCCUGGAUCUUAAGAGAGCAAAGUUUAAGCUGCUCAGAGAGCUAGUCAGCAGCAUCCCCUGGCAAUCUGCUUUAGAGAGUUCAGGAGCUCUGUGAGAGCUGCUCACUUCUUAAGAACCACCUUUUAAAAACAUGGGAGCAAGCAAUCCCAUUGUGUCAAGCAAAUAGAAGAGAAUAUCAGCUUUGCUGAACAGGGAGCUCCUUUUGGGACAUGGGCAGAAAAAUAACCUAUGAUCUCUGGAAGCAAGGUCAGGGAGAUUAAAAGAGCUACAGUUCACAGUUGUAGAGAGAAAAUAAGAAAAGCCAGAGCUCAGCUUGAGUUGACACUGGCCAUUGUGUCAGCAAAAAAGGAUUUUUUUAAGUGUCUCAACAGCAAGAGGAGAUCUAAGGAAAACUGUUGGGCUGAUACUUGAUGAAGAUCGUUACCUAACAAACUGGAAUGAGGAAAAAGCAGAGACAUCUAAUGCACUUUUCGCCCUGGCUUUUAAUAUUAAUGAUAGUUCUUGGGUUGCUGGUCCUGUGAGUUGGAGGGACACAAUUCGUGACUAUGGGAGCAUGAUCUGUGGUCACCAUAAGUGUAAGAGAAUAGGUGCAUCAGCACAGUGCUCGUAGUUUGUAGGACAUGACAGGGUUCACUCCAGAGCAAAGGACCUCUCAAGAAUUUACUGAAGGUCUUACAUAUCUGGGGAGUGGGUGUAUCAACAGCAAAUGUACUGAGAAUGCUGAACUGGAAGGUGCUGCUGGCUCUCUGGAGGGAUGAGGCCUGAAGCAGGCACAUUGUAACCGAGCACUGGGCAACCAACCAUCAGCAGCGUGAUGUUCUACAAAGCAAAAUGCUGGAUUCUGCAGCUGGUACAGAGCAGUGCUGGACUCGGGUACACGAGGAGAUGGGUGGCUGGAGAGCGGCUCAGCAGGAGGGGCCUGGGGCUGCUGUGACAGCGGGCUCAGCGUGAGCCAGCAGCGCCCCCUGGUAGUCAAGGGAGUAAAUGUAUUUUGGGGAUUCAUUGCGCACAGCAUAGCCAGCCAAAGGAGGUAACUCUCACUAUUUAGUGUUGGUGAAGCCUCACCUGAAAUACUGAGUGCAGUUCUGGGCUGUAUGAUGUUAAAACUACAUUGAGGUGCUUUGAGAGGAAGGCACCAAAGGUGACAGGGCUGGAAGGGAUGUCCUGUGAGGAGGGGCUGAGGCCACUUUUCUCAACAGGAGUUGAGAAAACAGGAGGCCAGGAGGUGACCUCAGUGCUCUCUGCAGCUCUCUAAGGAGGGGAAGAAGAGGGAGGUGCUGGGCUGCGCUUCUGGGAACCAAUGGCAUUAGGAAAAUUCCAUUACCCUGAGCAUGGUCAAACACUGGAACAGCCUUCCUUUCCUUAGCAAGGUGGUUGAUGCCCUGUGCUUGUCUCUGUUGAAGAGACACAUGGAUAAUACCUUCAAUAUGCUCUAACAUUGGGUUAGCCCUGAUGUGGUCAGAUAGCUGAAUACUGUGGUCUUUGUAGGUCUUUUCCAACUGAAUUCUAUUGCAGUACAAUACUAAGAGAAUGGCAUAACAGAAACAGAAGCAUACAGCCCUCUGUUACAGCUUAUACCUACUUGCAGUAUAUUCACACUGGUUUGAUGUCACAUAGAAAGACUAUAACAAUUUUGACACUUAGACAUAAGAUGCUUGUAGUCAAACACCAAUAAACUUUGUAUUUUGUUUAUACAGUUGAAUGACUCUGAAACACGACUUUGGGUCAAAAUGGUUUAUUUGUAAAUGUACAUUGGCAUUCAAGCUGCUUAGAAUUCCUUAAAAGGCAAGGCAAAACGUGGUUGCUAUAUAUGCAGAGCUUUUCAGCAUCACGUUUCUGUUUAGACUGUCUGUCUCUUCUGGGAAUAGUUCUGAACAAUUGUCCUGGCUACAGUCCGACUUCUGAAUAGAAAAGCUAGAAGUCCAAAGCAUUGCUGCAGCAAUGAAAGUGCACAGGUGCUUGUUUCAGGUACCUGCAGGUUCAGGGCGCUGGAGGCCAGCUGCUGAGCAAAGCCUGCAGGAAAAGUUCUCUUUGGCAAUAUGAAUCAGCCAGUCAGCUUCCUUGGAAGAAGCUGAGGGCAGGGUGUGGAGGGCAGCCGAUCAGCUUCUGCCAGACACAGCUUGCAGUCAAGGGAAAAGCAGUGAAACCACCUGUGAGAAGAGGAUCCCUGCCUUGAGGGGGUGUAUGUAGCAAAUCAAGAGGAUGAUGUGAUUAUAAUUUCCUGAAGGCAGCAGCCUUAUUGCACUGAUAUGUUUAGAAGCCAUCAAUAUGGUUCUGUCAGUAAAAACAAGGGUUGGAUGUUUGUCAAGAAGAGUGGAGAUGGUCUGUACUUAAAAGUUCAUGGGCUCUAAACAAUGUCUCAGCAAGAGUGAGGCAGUAAGUUUUAGUUCUCAAACUUGUUGCUGAUACAUGUGUCCUCCCCAGCAAUGUAGAGUAAGGAAUAUAAGUAAAUUAAGCACAUUUUUGACCCUCUGCCCCUUCCCCUCUCUGGGAGUACUUUUUAGUGCAAUCUUACAUUCCCUGACUCUUAAUUGGUGAGAGAAAUUGGAAACAUUUCAAAGUUCCUUGCCCUGAAAAAAUGCUCUCUGGGACAUUAACUUCAAGUUCACACUUGUUGCCAGGUUUGCUUUUUUUCUUGUUGUUUGUUUUGUUUUUUUUUUUUCCUUUUCUGUACAUUUUGAUGCUCACGAGAGUUUCGGGAGUGGGUUCUGCUGCAAUUGCUACUAUUCCACUAUUCCUCUGGGGCUUCAUGGGACUCCAAAGCUGUGAUCUUCAGCCUUUGGCUGUGUGAGGACCUGUCCAUAAUGCUCUUGGCUGAGACAUAGUCACAAUGUUGGGUCUUCUUAGGUGGUGCUUUUCGUCUGCCUCAGUUGUGGUUUUGUCCUUUGGACUUCAGAUCCUGGGAUAAAUCAGGUUGGAAGGGACCUUUGCACCUAUUCAGCCUCCUGCUCUGGUAGGAUUAGCUGUGAGCUCCAACCAAGUUGCUCAGGCCCAUAUCUAGCCAGGUCUUGAAAAUUUCUGUGGGCGAGGACUGUACAACCUUCCCAGACAACCUGUUCCACUGUUGGACUUCCCUUAGCACCCUGCUCAGCAGGACUGUAAUACAUUUUCUCCAUCCUGUCACUCCUACCAUCUUUUCUCAGCCUGAGAGCCAUGCUCUUAGGCAGACUGUUGUCCAACCCAAAUGCCCAAGCCACUCCUUCACAAAAAGGGCAAUCCUCUUCAUCCCCAGGUCUUCCCCCCUUCCCUCCUGAGGAGCGUGUCCAUCCAUCACCAUCAUCUUGCUGUUCCUGUGUUGCUGUACCAACAGCAUGAAUUCCUCCCACUUGUUCCCCAGGGCUGCACACCUUUGCAUCCACACAUUUGAGGCAGCUUUCAUCUUUUUGAUAUUCUUGAAAUCUCUCUUGUUCCCAUCAGCCUGCAUCCUUACUUUCAAUCACUGCCUCACUUAACUGGUGCUUACAGUAGCCCUCUCUUUACUGCUCACAGCUGAAAGCUGCUCUCACCAGCUUGGCCGAGUUACAGCCACUCAUAUGAGCCCGAUUAGGACAUUCAAAUACAGCCUAAACAUUAAUUUUUAAAAGAAUCUGGAGGAAAACCAGAGGCUGUAAACACAAGGUUGCCAUGACAGAAAAGCAGCAUAUUGCACACUUCUGAGCUAGCUUCGCCUGUACUGUGGCAUCUGCAGGGCUGCACAGCACCAUAUGGAGACACUGGUUCAGGUAUGUACCUUUGGAGCAGGAAAGAUAGGCAAAGAAUAUUUCAAUAAUUUUGCCAACAAACUAAUUACAGGUCUGUGCCGAGUUCAGCUGAAGCAAGUUCAGGAUUUCUAGCCUGAGCUGCAUUUGAGAUCUGAUGAAUCAACAAUCAGGAAGUUUUUUUAAGUGAAAUCAGCUUGUUCACUGGAAAACUGUGUUCCAAAGACUCUAUCUUGCUUAUCACUGAAUUACCUCCAAGACUCUCUUCUAGUACAGAGGUCUUCCAGACACUGUGGAUAAUUCAAGGCUCCUUGAAAACAAGGAUUAAGAUUCACACAAGGCUAACCUGGGCCUGGAGGUAAACUCACAUGCUGCUGAAGUUGCCUUCUUUGCCACUCCGAUGUGAACUGAGGACUAGAUGAUCUCCAGAGAUCCCUUCCAACCCCUACAAUUCUGUGGUUCUGUGUGAUUCUGUGAAUAGAUGGUGCCUAGUUCUCUACAACUAACAGGCAGCUUGUUUGAUGCCACUAUGAAAUCCUUAAUUACAAGUGGAUUUUUAACCACUUCAAAUCUGAAAUCAUUUGGUAUCACUGUGGGAGUACAGUUCUCUGUCAAGUUUGUUCUGCAGGAGGAGAUCACAGCAGGUGCAUGAAUGCCUUUCUCUUCACUAAUUCCUUGUGGGAUCUCUCCAGUACUAUCAUGAUCAUGAAUACUCUUCCCUCCUACUUCUUUUUUUACUGUCCAUUCUAUUUUCACUGUUCCAAUGCUCCAUCACCCUUAAAGUUCUUCUGCAUGUUUGUAUGUAACUUCCUAUGUUCAAGUUUUAGGCCAUUACUCCUUGUGCUAUACACUAUCAAGGAGAACCUGGCCUCAUCCAUUUGCCUCCCACCUCCCUUUAGUUAUUUAUAAACAUUUAUCAGAUCCCCUUUCAGUCUUCUUUUACCUAAGCUGAACAGAUGUGGGUUAUUCAGCCUUUCUAUACGAGCGAUGCUCUAAGACAUUUAUCGUCUUUGUGGUCCUAUGCUGGACUCCUCCUAGGAGAUCCCUGUCUUUUUUGAACUGGGGAGCCCAGAACUGGACACAGUAGUCCAAAUGUGGCCUUGCCUGGACAGAGUAAGGGGGCAGGAUCAGCUCCCUCGACCUGCUGCCCCUGCUCUUGUUAAUGAACCCCAGGUCCCACAAGGGCAAACUGCUGGCUCAUGUCCAACCUGUUGUCCACGAGAACGUCCAGAUCCUUCUCCAGAGCUCCUCUCUAGCCAGUCAUCCCAUCAUUAAACAUUAAUUUGAUCAUUAAACAGUAGUUUUUCAUUUGGCCCAUAAUGUUUUGGGGACCAGCAGUGAAUAAAGCUGUGUUCAAGGAAAGUGGGGUAGUGUUUAGAGCAUUGCACUCCCAUUGCACUGCAACUUUGUGCAGCCUGAUCUCCUGCGUGGACUGACAUUUCACACUGCCUUUUCUGUGGCCUGCAGAGAGAUCAAUUAACCAGGCUUGGUGGGCCUCACCAAUUCUUCGAAUGUUUUCAAGAAUUUUGUUCAUCUAAGACAUUUGUCUGACACUGGCUGUAGUAUUAGAAAACAGAAAUUUGGUGCGAGCUCUUUGAGGCACUCGACCCUUUGAAAAAGAUUUCUGUUUUUUACUGUUAUUAUGGGGAACAUUAUGUUCAAUUUGUUUUACAGAAAGCCUUCAGAGAUGGGUUUUUGUUCCCAUGCUGAGCUCUCUUGUGCAUACAAAUUUGUAGUAAAUGUAAACAGUGCAGCCCUAUAUUGGAAUCUUGCAUGGAUCAACUCCCAGAAUAUGUCUUGUAGGUAUUAUCAUCACAGCCCGACGGGGGAAGCCAGCGCACAACAAAUCACAAAGGCAUCGGCUCCCACUCGUGUUGCUCACUCUGUAGGGUGGAACAAUUCCUGUAAUUCUGUAUCUCUUUUUCUUAUGUUGGACAGAAGCAAAACUGCAGGAACUGCUGUUCCUGCGGAGAGGACUUUACAUUAGACAUUGGAUUGUUAGAUGGAAAAGCACUAUUAUUUAAAUACUUUCCAUAUAUUUACAUCUAAACUUAGAUUUUCUGAAGUCUUUUUCUAGGAGCUAUCACUGGCGAUUUUUAGGGUGAAAGAAAGAACCAGAAGAGUUCAUAUAGGUCUCACACAUAAAUGGUAAUUACUAUCCUAUUAUUCAUCAAAAAUAAUGACAUAGUGGAAAGAAAUAUGUACAACAAACUGUCAAUAAAAAGUAAAAUGCUUUGUCCCCUUGAAAAAAUUCCUCCAUUAAUUUUCUGUAGUCCUCCCAGUGAUGCAGUGCUUUUAUAAAAGGAUGGGAUUUGAGAGAGCAUACUGAAAGGGUAAUCACAAAUUAAAUAUAUGCAACUGUGAGUAUUUAUGCAGUAAGCAAAAAAGAAACAUCAGUGACUCCAACCUGAAAUGGGAUUCAGGGAUUUAGUGACUCUGGAAAUACAGUAUAGAGAAUGGCUUUGUACAUCUUUAGGUGAUUUGUGCCUCUUUAUUUUGAAAAUUAUCUCUAGACACACAACAAAAGCGUGUUUGCUCUAAUUGCUUGAUACAGGAGCUUGGAAAGGAAGAUCUCAUUUGAAACGACCAUAAUCUCUUUGGUGGAGACACUAAAGACCUUAGCUACUCUAGCUCUGCAAUGAAGUCCAUCUUUAAGAGGCUUUGCCUUGCAGUUGGCUUAGGAACUUGGAAUAUUACCUUUCUGAAUUACCCUAAAAAACCAGUGCUUACAGAUAGGACCAGACUUUCACCCUUCUCCCACACAGAGUAUUUGCUUUUAGGUCCUCUCUUUAGAGUAGACAAUAUUCUCAAUCUCUAAAGUGUUUUGCAGCAAUUAAUUUUAUAUUUCCUCUAGGAGAUAACACAGUAAGACGAUCUCUGUGUUUGUUCAGUAAGUUGCUGUUCUCUUGUGGUGUUGGAGUCUUCAGUACGAUAAAGUAAACUAUCUGGUGCUUUCCUUCCUGAGAUGUAGGCAGUUUUUGUUGCAUACUGAAAUGAGAAUGCAUUUCCCAAAGCAAUGCUUUUAACUGUUGAUCUCAGAACCCCUGAUGGUCUAGAAAACUACAUCUAAAGAACUUGCAAAAACGAAAAGCGAGAAAACAAUGCUAAGAAAGCUGAGCUACGUGUUGGCCAGCUUAAAUUCCCACAACAAAGGUGUUUAUCUUUCAGGAUCUUCCAAACAAAACAAAGGUCAAAGUGAUCUCUAUUGAGUUGUCAUUAGAGAUGGAGCAUUUCUUGCAUUCCAAGAUCACUUUAUGGUUAAUAUUUUCUCCAAGUACAUGGUGAUAUGUGAAGGCUAUGUCACUCAUAAAGCAUGGUUUCUGAUGGAGAAAGCAGAAAUAUUUUUUUGGAUGUCUGACAAACUCUGAAUGAUAUCUCUUAAUGGUGAGAGAAUUGUUAUUGUCGAGCAGACUAUCUAGAGUUUCUGACCUCUGCCCUGGCAAAAAACUUGCAUUUAUCCUUAUAAAUUAUAUAGGGAGAAUACAGACAUCUCUGUUUGUCUUGAUUUAGUUUUAUCCCACAAGUAUAGGGUUACAAGUAUGUGGCAGUUAGGCAUAAGUGAUAUGAUUUUAUGCUCCAAAUGCUGAUAAGAGAGAAGCUUCAAAUCACAUAGGUUAAUGCAGACUUCAUUCAGAGACACCUAGUCAGAAUCUCCUAGACUUUUCCAGACCUACCAACUAUUGCUGCAGAAGUCUAUAAAUACUCAGGGCUGCCAGCUGCUUGCUCCCAGUAGGAAUGGAUGCCUUCUUCUGAAGUUAAUCUUCCUGAUUCAGUGGGGACCUCUCACUGCCAAGCUGACCCAGGGGCUUCUGAAGUCAUCUGUUUGUUUUAUGUGAUCCUUAAGCCUGAGAAGGCAAACUGUCCUCCCUAUUCCCCAUUCCCAGCAAGUUUUUUCCUCCUGACUCCAAUAACAGCAGGACACAACCCUGACAUUUUUCUCAGAUGCAGAGAUAGCAGCAGAUGAUGUUAUAGUGUGGCCACUGCCACUCCUCUUAUUUGCACAAAUUAUGUAAAUGUAUGGGGUGUGGUGAAUGUUUUUCUCUAGAAUCUUUAUUCUGUUUUUCUAAAAAGAUUGAUGAACUUUAUUAUUACUUUUUUUCUUCUGGAGUUCAGUAAGCUGGAGCUUUCAAAGUUGUGCUUCACUUGCUCCCAUGUUUGUACUGGCAGAAAGAAGAAUUUAAAGCUGAGCCUUUUCCUGCUGGGUGUUUUUCUUCUCUGUGAUAAACAGAAAAUAUGCAGUUGGUGUCACGAUAGCAGUAGGUGCAGGAUUCAACUAACACUUCCCAGCAGAAAAUUCCCUGUCUUGCCAGGACAUUGAGGAGACAUGAGAAUGAUUCAUUUCUCUGAUAACACAGCAGGAACACAGGUCCAAUUGUUUUCUAUGUAGGUCAGAAUGGGGUAUAUUGGCAUCUCUGUUUGCAGACUUUACAAAGAAGUCUGGGAAUGGGAAGCAUUGCAGAAAAAAAACCGUGCUGCUAAUACUUAAAUUGUUCCCCUGGCAGAGGUAGGCUGUAAACCAUUUGCUGUCAAGUACUUGCAGUCUAGCUGGCAUAGCUGGACGCUGUCUGUACACCAGGAGGUUUAGUUCUUCAGGUUAAACAGCUCAUCUACUCUUUACCCAACCUCUUUGAUUAACAUCUGGGUCCAUGUCAAGGAAGGCCCCUAGAAAUACUCAAUCAUGCUGUUCCACUGUGACUACCUGACAGCAGUUUAUGUUCGUGGAGAUACUUCGUGUACUUAAGAGUCAGGGGAAAUUAGCAGGUUACUUGGCUCUGGCUUUUCAUUGCAUCUCUGUGCCUUUUAAAGUCUACAAUAGUGCAUCAGAAACCUGUUCAUCUGUCAGUUUGGUUUUAAUCUAUCCAGUCAAUGCCAGCUUCACCUAUUGGCAGGAAGCGAUGUUGGGAAUAAUCGUGUUGUUUAAUGUAUUGUAAUGCUUUAUUGGAUGCCUCACUGCACAUUGUCACAGCACGCCUUCUUGUGGGAGUCCUCUGGCUCUCCCCUGCUGUCUCUUCCUUCCAGGAAAGCCGUUUGCAUUUGAAGAUCAAGAGGUAAGCUUUUAUCUUUGUCCCUGUGUAAGUGUGCCAUGGGAGGCAGCUGGGGCUGCUUUCGUUUGGUUGCUUUGGACGACACCAUCCACUCUUCAGAGCAUGGAGUGCUUCUGCAUGUUUCCCUGCAGUCACCUCCAGCACCGGUUUCCAGGUUUGUUCAUCAUGGUUCUCUGUUACCAUCAGCUACAUAAACAGAAGCACUAGAAAUAAUACUGCUCUAUGCUCUACACCCAGGACAAACCAAGACAUGUAUUACGCCCUCCUGGUCUGGGCACAGAAGUCUUUCCUAAACGAUGCAUCUCCUUGAUGCAGACUGUCAGAUUCUUCUUGUAACACUGGGAGAAAUGCACAAUGCCUUAUGGCAUUGGGUGAGUGUGUUAUGGCAAGGAUUGCAGCCAGAGCCAUGUUUGAUUAGGCCCUGCAUCGUACACAAUUAAAGAAACAUUUACUUUGUCCCCAUACCUUGAGAUCUGAAUAGAUUUUGAAGCAGUUGGAGGCAGCGUUCCAAGAUCAGAUCAUACACUCGUUUGUUUUUCUCAGGAAAGGAGGAAAUAAAUCCUGAUGGCUGGACAUGAUGUUGUCUGAUGAUCCUACUUUUUCUUGGCAUGUUUAUCAGCACAAUCUGGACUUUUUGGAGACUGUUCUCCUCCCUCCAUCAGACCUAACCAUUUAUAGCAAUUCUUUUCUCAGAGGUACAGUUAAUUAUUUUAUGAAGAUCUGUCUCGUAGAGGAAAAAUAGCAAGUGAGGCAAUAAUAAAUUUAAAAUUAAAGAUGUUAAAUUGCAACACAAUUCAGAAGGAAAGUGGGUGAUAACUGACAUUUUUAUUUCAGCCUCAACAUAAGAAUUUGAUUUAAUCUACUUUUUCUUAUUGGUGAGGCUUAAUUUAAAAAAAGCCAAGGAAUUUCUGUCUACCUGUCUGCAGGUCAGUGCUCUCCUCCAGAGAAAAGCAGACUGAAGCCCUGGGUUGUAUGAUUGUGGAAGCAGCUGUAGCUUGAGAGCUUUCAACAGAAGUCACCAGCUGAAGAUCUUGAUUGUUACUGAUUGUGAAGAAGGGCAUAAAUAUGUAUGAUAUAUAAUAUAAAUUCCAAUAUUGGGAAAGUUUUUGGUUUCUGCUACAGUGCUCUUGCAUAAAAUGCACUCAAACAGACCAAACAGAACACCAAGAUCAGGCACAGCAAAGCAUCUGUGUAUGUAAAUGCAACUUGAAUUUUCAAAGGGCUUCAGUGUUGAAACCCAACCCUUGUAGGCAUCUUUGAGAAACUACUGUCAGUAUCAAUGACACAACAGUUUAUGCUGGGAAGAAGAAACAGGGCAUGUCUUCUGUGGAAGCAUCAUGCUGUGAUGAAUGGCCAGUAGGUCUGGUGAGUCAGUCAUCCAUCCAGGCUGCUCUUUGUUUCUGUAAAUGAGCUUGUGUGUAUCUGGGAGAAUGGGAACUCAUCUGGAACCUGAAAACUAAUCCAAGAAAUAGCUCAGUUGGUGCUGUGACAAAAAUGUAAUCAUUUCAGAUGUUCAGAUAAUGGUGAUGCUUUUAAUAUAACAGGAUAUUAUAACCUUGUUUAACACUACCACUACUGUUUGUUGCUGAAAGGAGGGGGAAAAAAAGGAAUGUAGAUCAUGAGAUACACUUUAAUCUUCCUGUUUUGAUAUCAAACAUAGGGAUAAGGAGUAGGAGAUAGGAUGGAAAAUGACCUUUUGGUAAAACUUUGCCACUCGAACUUUAAUUGUCAGGUUUAAAGAUUGUAUUUGAAUAUGAGUGGUGUAAUAAUUGAGCUCUAUUAAGCUAUUUUGUAUGCAUCUAUUUAAAACAGAAAUUUAAAUAAAGCUACUUUUUAAAGUAG